AUGGCUGAGAAAAUUGCUGUUACAGAAAGUAACUUAUAUUGCCAUGUGUGUGCAGAGACUUUCAGAGAUCCUGUGUCUCUGAGCUGCAACCACAGCUUCUGUUCCAGCUGCCUGAAACAAUUCUGGGAACAAACCAAAAACAAAAACUGUCCCAUUUGUAAAAGAAAAGCUUCAAAGGAUUAUCUUCAUGAGAACUUCACACUGAAGGAACUGGCUGACUCCUUUGCUGGGAGACAGAAAGCUGCAUCAUCUGAGACAGAAAAAGGAGAGGAGGAGGUGGAGGUGGUGUGUAGAGAACAUAAAGAAGAACCUAAAUGGUUCUGUAAAGAUGAAAAAAUAGUUGUGUGCCAUGUCUGCCACCACGGUCACAAAGUGGUUCCUAUAGAAGAAGCAGUCAGUGAGCUGAAGGAGAAGCUGAAAUCUGACUUGAAAUCUCUACAGGACAAGAGGAAAAAGUAUGAAGAUGCUGAGAAAACAUACAAGGAUGUGGUUGAACACUCCAAGAAGCAGCUGGUGGACACAGAGAGGCAGAUCAGAGCAGAGUUCAACAAGCUUCACCAGUUCCUGAAAGAGGAAGAGGAGGCCAGACUGGCAGCUCUGAGGGAGGAAGAGGAGCACAAGAGGAAGACUGUCACCAGAGAGAUGAAGAUGAUUGAGGAGAAGAUCUCCUCUCUGUCAGACAGCAUCUCUGCUGUUGAAAAAGACCUGCAGAAACACAAUGUGCCGUUCCUCAGCAGUUAUAAAAGCAGUCAGAGCAGUGCCAGAGCCCAGUGCUCACAGCCGGAUCCACAACUGGUCUCAGGAGCUCUGAUAGAUGUGGCCAAACACCUGGGCAACCUGUCCUUCCGAGUCUGGGAGAAGAUGAGGGUCAAGGUCAAGUUCAGUCCUGUCAUCCUGGACCCUAACACUGCUAACCGAUGGCUUUUUCUGUCUGAUGACCUGACCAGUGUGAGACAUGGAGAUGCAACACAACAGCUCCCAGACAACCCAGAGAGAAACACCAAUUAUACCACAAUCCUGGGCUCUGAGGGCUUCAGCUCAGGGAAACGCAUGUGGGAGGUGGAGGUGGGAGACCAUCCUCACUGGACUGUGGGUUUGGCUAAAGAGACAGCUAAUAGGAAGGGAAGGCGAAGUGCUACACCAGAAAAUGGAAUAUGGUGUUUAUGGCACGGAAGUGGAAAAUACACUAAUGGGUUCGGUGAGACCAUAAACCUGAUGACGAUUCCCCAGAGGAUCAGAGUCCAGCUGGACUAUGACAGAGGGCAGUUGUCCUUCUACGACCCUGAGGACAUGACUCUCAUCUACACUUACAGAGAAAGAUUCACUAAAAAAGUCUACCCGUAUUUCUUUGUUGGAAAGGCUGAGGGUGCUAAGACUGUUGAUAUCACAGUCCGGACAUGUAGGAAUAUUUUGCUUCCCUGAAUCUGUGAUGGAGAGCAUAUGGAGACAGUGGGACGAGAGCCAGGCCAAAAACAUCUGAUGUGCUCUGUGUCAGGUGUUUAGGACCUUGAUGAUGGUAAACCUGCCUUGAUUCAUAUAAAAGCAGGCAGAGACAUCAGAUCUGUAACACAGGACCUCAGUUUUUCAAAGAUACAACAUUAAGUCAUGACCUUAGCAGAACUACUGACUGCACUGGAUUUGAGCUAAUAACGGCACCGAUUGCACUCCUGGCCUGCAAAGAUGGGGUUUCCCUCUCGCUGUGAUCCUCCCCAAGAUUUCGUUCACCCCUACCCUCACAUGAGACUGUCAGUAUUUAUAAUGGCAAAGCUAUGAUGUCUGACUUGUUUGGUAACAAAGUUUUACAGCUACGCGUAGCAGGAAUGUAACAGUACCUCCCUCAGGGCAGUGUGU